ACGGGCUACUACAGGAGCGCCCAAAUUCAUCUGACUAGAAACGUUUCUACCCUACUCUUUUCCGCGGCCGAUAGCUGGGCCAAGUACCGGUGGUUUAAAAAGCUUCCACAUGAUUCUCACAGCACUUAGCUAGGGGUGCUGAAGGGCUAACCCCUCCUGUUCUUGCCGCAUUGCCCAUUCAAUGUGCAUUGUAUUUCUCACAUCAUUUGUGCAUGGGUCUUUUACAGGGUGUUCUUCUCCAUGGGGAUGCAGCCUUCAGUGGACUUGGCCUUCCCGCAGAAGUCAUGCAGUUGUCCAACCUUCCGGAGUACACAACAGGAGGAACUAUACAUUUGAUCAUCAACAACCAGAUUGGUUUCACAACAGACCCAAAGCUAGCCAGAUCUUCUCCGCAUCCAAGCGAUGUGGCCAAGGGUGUUGGAGCUCCAAUUUUUCAUGUGAAUGGCGAUGAUCCACAGGCGGUUUGUCAGGCUUGUGAGCUUGCUGUGGAGUACAGGCAGAGAUUUCUCAGUGAUGUGGUGGUUGACAUUGUGUGCUACCGACGGGGGGGGGAGGUUCGAGUGGGCUGGUGGGGUUGUUGAUUUCUCAGUGAUGUGGUGGUUGACAUUGUGUGCUACCGACGUCAUGGCCACAACGAACAGGAUGAUCCAAGUGUGACAAUGCCCUUGACAUAUAAGAAGAUUGCUACACAUCCAACGACACUUCAGAUUUACAGCCAGCAGCUUCUUCAGAAAGGGUUAGCGUCAGCAGAGAUGAUCAAGAACUGGACCAAUGGAGUUGAAAAAACGUUCGAGGCGGAGUAUGAAGAGGCAGGCAAAUAUGAGACUUCUCUGGAGGAAUGGCUUUCUACCAACUGGCAAGGAGAUGCAUUGGGAACAUCAACUCCACACAGAUAUAUUCUGCCUACCGGGGUCCCAUUUGAAACUCUCUAUGAAGUGGGACGUGCAGUCAGUCGUGUGCCAGAGGGAUUCAACCUUCAUCCAGAUGUGGAGUUAUUGCUGAAGAAUCGUGCAAAAAUGAUUGAAACGGGGAAGGGUGUCGACUGGGCCAUGGCAGAGGCACUGGCAUUCGGGUCACUGAUGAUGGUUGCCAAUCCUGAGCUGGGGCAAACACCUGAGACUUAUCCACACUACUAUGUUAGGCUGAGUGGCCAGGACUGUGAGAGAGGGACCUUCAAUCAGCGCCAUGCUGUCUUGUAUGACCAGAAAACGUCAAGGAGGUAUGUGCCUCUGAAUAACAUCGCGAAAGAAAGGCAGGCGACGUUUCUGAUCUGCAACUCAAGCCUCUCUGAGGCAGCGAUCCUGGGGUUUGAAUAUGGCUUCAGCCUUGGCAACGAGGAUGCACUUGUUCUCUGGGAAGCGCAGUUUGGCGACUUUGCAAAUAACGCACAAUCGAUAAUCGACAACUUCAUUGCAAGUGGAGAAGACAAGUGGAUGACUCCAACGGCACUGGUGAUGCUGCUGCCACAUGGGUAUGAUGGCCAAGGGCCAGAGCACAGCAGUGCCCGGUUGGAACGUUUCUUGCAGUUAUCCAAUGAUGACCCUGAUCACCUCCCUGGUCUCACCCCACAACAUCAAGCAGAGAUUGAAGCCGGAUUUUCUGCUGCUGACAGAGAUGGAAAAGGUUAUCUGCUAAAGGAGGACCUUAUGAGAUUGCUUGAGACAAUGAAAGGCAUCGACCAUGACAGAGCAAAGGAACUGCUGCAUGAGAAGGAGCUUGAUGGAUCACAAAAGAUUGAACGUGAGCAAUGGGUUGGACUUAUGGUAGAGUGGAUGCGUCGAAAUGCGGAAAGGGACCAUAACAUGCGCUUUGCCAAGCCAUUGGUAGUGAUGAGCCCCAAGUUCCUCCUUCAUCACUCAGCUUGUCGAUCAAAACUUGCCGAUUUUGACGUUGGGACAUACUUCAGGCGAGUCAUAGUGGAUGGAGACAAAGGCGACAACUUGCGGCAUCUUGCAGCGACGCUAGUUCCACGAGAAGACAUUCGUAGAGUAAUUCUCUGCAGCGGGAAGGAGGAGCCGAAGAACAUGGGGGCAUGGGCGUAUGUGCAACCACGGGUUGCGACAGCUCAAAGAGAGCUCUUUCAUAAGAAGCACGUGAGCUAUUCUAGGCCUGGGUCCCCGAGUGUCGCCCGGGCGGGUCUUCCAGUUCGGUACAUCGGGAGAUCUCCUUCCGCGUCAACAGCAACAGGAAGCUCAGAGAUUCAUCAGGAAGAGACCAAGGCCAUCAUCUCAGCCGCGUUGAGGCUCAAUGCCUGAAAAUGUGCCAAUGUGAACUUACUAUUGAACCGUCACGUGGACUUUCGACUGAGCCUUCACGUGAAGUUACUAUGGAGGAGCGUUCACGUGUAACACACAGCAACGCUAGGAAAACUCGGAAAACAACUGAAAAUUUGAAUUAAUCAUCUCUAGUAUGUGCGAAUUUGGUUGGCGAACUUGGCGUGAUCUCAAAAUUUCAACAAAAUUUCCAGCGAGUGGUUCGCUGAAUCGCUGAACAAUUACUGGCGGACUUAGAAGACGUUAGCGAGCAAGUAGUUUCGCUGGUAAUUCAUCCAUCAGUGGUUGUGCUCGCAGCUACUUCACAGCGUGUUUCAUAUCGGAUAGACAGGAGUGUUGUUUCACAUCAGACGCUUAUUCACGACAGCCAAUGCGAACUUAUUGCGGUGGUAUUUGUCAGUGAAGUUGAGUCAACUGUGUUUUUGUUUUUGUUUUUUUUUUUUCCCAUUCGUGGUGUUUUUUUUUUUCCGGCUUCUUUUUCAUAGGUCACUACGUUCAGUUGUAUUCUACAACCACCAGUCCACUGCGAAUCACGUGAAGGAAAGUUUGGGGGUAGCAAUUUACGUUCUGUUCCGACUAUUUUUCCGACUACUUCCGACUCUCGAUCAUCGAUUGUCAUCUACGACUCAUCCAUGCUUAAGAGGUUCACCACGUGCCAUGCAUAUGGUUAACAAUAGGUUAGGUUAACCAAUUGCCAUGCAUAUGGUUAACAAUAGGUUAGGUUAACCACGUGCCAUGCAGGGUAAACAAUAGGUUAGGUUAACCACGUGCCAUGCAGGGUGAACAAUAGGUUAGGUUAACCACGUGCAACGCAUGGUUAACAAUAGGUUAGGUUAACCACGUGCCACGCAGGGUAAACAAUAGGUUAGGUUAACCACAUGCCGUGCAUAGAUGCAUGGUUAACAAUAGGUUAGGUUAACCACGUGCCAUGCAUGGAUGCAUGGUUAACAAUAGGUUAGGUUAACCACGUGCCAUGCAUGGAUAACAAUAGGUUAGGUUAACCAUGUGCCAUGCAUGGUUAACAACAGUUUAGGUUAACCACGUGCCAUGCAUGGUUAACAACAGUUUAGGUUAACCACGUGCCAUGCAUGGAUGCAUGGUUAACAAUAGGCUAGGUUAACCACGUGCCAUAACAACAGGUUUGGUUAACCACGCACCAUGCAUGGAUGCAUGGUUAACAAUAGGCCAGGUUAACCAUGUGCCAUGCCAUGCAUGGUUAACAAUAGGUUAGGUUAACCACGUGCCAUGCCAUGCAUGGUUACCAAUAGGUUAGGUUAACCACGUGCCAUGCCAUGCAUGGUUACCAAUAGGUUAGGUUAACCACGUGCCAUGCAUGGUUAACAACAGGUUAGGUUAACCGCGUGCCAUGCAUGGUUAACGACUUUCCGGCAUGGAUGCGAGAGGUGGUGUAGGUAAUGGACACACCAUGAAUGAGAAACGAGUUUUAACCUUUAAGAGUGAAUGUUGUUAUGAUGAAAGAAAAGAUCGAAACCCCACCUGAACAGGUGGGACGGGUGGGUGAAACUCUACAUUUGGUGAAGUUAGGAAGCAAAGAAAGAGACGGCAGAGGGCCGGUGGAACUCCGACGAAGCCGUCACAGGCCCUCGUUUGUUGUCUUCUUUUCCCUCCAUGCCUACAGUUUACCAGGCAGCUUUGUUUGACGAUGUAUAUAUGGGUAUAUAAUAUAUAUAUAUAAAGGAAACAACUUGGGAGCUUGGGAGAGAGCUUCUAAACCAUGGUUUUCAAACCCCAUGAC